UCAUUUAAUUGUGCUAACGGGAUUGUGGAGUGGUGAUUCAGAGGGUCGCAGGUGGUACAAAAUCAAUUCCUCGCUGAGAUUGUUCAUAAUGGAAGGUGAUAGCGAAGAUGAUAUUGAUUCUAGAGAUUCACAACAAAGUUCAGAGGAGGAAGCAGGCGAUCACAGUCCGGUUUCAGACGACGGGUACGUUGGUCUCGACGCGGAAGUUCCCAAUACUUUCUCAUUUACUAAUGCAAACGUCGCAUCUACGACCGCCGUACCACCGAGUCGAAAACUUCAACCGUUUGCUGAUGACUGCAAAAGCUAUGACAUUGUUCCUUAUGUCGCAGCUAUUCAUUCCUGUCACAUACAUUCCCUUGCUGCAACAAGAAAUAUGCGAUGGGUUUUUACUGGCGGCGAAGAUGGAUUUAUAAGAAAGUAUGAUUUUUUUGCGUCAAUCAGCGGUAAGACGUUGCUGACACAGAAUCAAAAACACGCGCAAGUUGAAUCAGUCCAAAAGGCUGGUGUAAUAUCGUCUUAUUGGGAGAACGAAGAAAUACCUUUACCUUCGGUGGCGCCUCCUAAACCAGUUGAAGAGGCUAAUGGAGCCGCGGAGGAAGGGACGACUCAAAACGUACAGGAACCACCAAUGCCAGAAUUAAAAACUUCACCCGUUUACAGUUUAGCCGUUCAUUCCGAGGCCAUUUGGUUGUUAAGCGGUCUGGAGAGUGGUGCGAUCAACCUGUUUACCGUUAGGCACGAAGAAGGAAAAUGUCACCACGUGAUGCGACAACACAAGUCACCUGUAUCAGUCUUGAGAAUUGCCCACGACGAAACAAGUUUCGUAAGUGGUUCGUGGGAUAAAACAGUGCUGAGUUGGGACUUGAACACCGGUCAAGUUGUGCGCGAAUUCAUAGGACACAGCUCUCAAAUUAGUUCUGUGGAAUUUCGACCAAUUACUCCAUUGUCCGCUAAAGCUUCAAUGCAAAGUUCUCCCGAGCCAUUUAAUCCACUGUUUGAUGCACCGGAAGAGAUGUUAACUCAUUCAAACGAUGUGUUGCUUACCACAAGCAUAGAUGGUAAUUGCUUCGUGUGGGAUAAAAGAGUGGCGAAUUCAAUCCCAAGGAAGAUGCCACCUCCAGAAAGGACACCACCAUGGUGUUUAUCGUCAUGUUGGAAUGCUGAUGGUAGUAAAAUUUAUUGCGGACGACGUAAUGGCACUGUUGAUGAAUGGGACUUUGCAUCUGGAAAGUUUGUACGUUCUUUCAAAAUGCCGAGCGGAUCGGGUCCAGUUUCUUGCGUAGCCGGUAUGCCGAAUGGGAAACAUAUAAUAUGUGCUUCGACGGACAACAUAAGACUGUGGAACGUAUCAGAAGAUAUCGAAGUUUCAAAAUCCGCCGUUCCAUUUCUCAUUAUACCAGGGCAUCACGGAGGUUCCAUCUCACAAAUAUUGGUCGAUCCGAAUUGUCGUUACAUGAUUACGACUUCGGGAAAUAGAGGAUGGGAAGGAACAAGCACUGAGGCUGC